AAACCCUGCACGUGCUCAGAUCAUGCUCACCCACCUCUCCCCCACCUUCCAAUUAAGCGCAGUCUCAUGGAGUUUCGCAGCGUGGACAGAUUAGGAAGAAGACUGUGGAGAUUAACAAUUCAUCAUCAAGAGUGUGAAAGAGACUUUUUUCAAAGUUUGUCUUUGCAGCUGGUCUCAUCCCCUGACAUGUCCAGUGAGGGGUCAGAUGUGGACUGUUACGUGAGGGACCCUGACUAUGAUCCCAAAUAUUAUGAAUCUACACCCAGUGAUGUGGUUGAAAACGUGGACACGGACUUUGACACUGAUGAGCCCAAAUCUACAAGUACAAUAUUGGCUGAAGAAGAUCAGGGUGGGGAUCAGGAUGAUGACCCAGAUUUUAAUAAAGAAGAAGAUCAAAAAGAAGGACAGGAGGAAGAUCAGGAUGAUGGCUAUGAGGAAGAUCAGGAUGAAGAUCAAGAAGAGGAUCAGAAAGAUGAUCAGGAUGAUGACUGGGAAGAAGGACAAGAUGAUGACCAGGAAGAAGCUCAUGAGGAAGAUCAGGAUGGUGACCAUGAGGAAGAUCAGGAUGAUGACCAUGAGGAAGAUCAGGAUGAUGAUGAUCAGGAAGAAGAUCCACUCAAAGGUGAAAGUCCCACACCGACACAGAGUCAUGUGACCUCUCCGAUAGAAACAGG